AUGGGUACAUGUUCUUCUUCCCAUGAUGAAGAGCGUCUACCUUUCAAUUCUCCUUCACGUGCUAAAAGCGGCGAUCGUUCAGUUGUAUAUCGUUCUCUAGCGACUAUGAUAGCACCUGUACACGAUAUCACAACAUUAGCACAACUCGAUUUUUACAAUAAUAAAAAUGAAGGACAUUUAGUUGUUCUUGAUUGUCAUGCUAAAUGGUGUCCACCGUGCAUUAAGAUUGAGCCAAUAAUUAAUGAAUGGGCACAAAGUGCCGAAUAUUGUGACACAGUUGUAUUUCUCAAAUGUGACGUAGAUCAGGGAGAAGAACUACAACAUAAAUAUAAAGUAGAAUCUUUACCAACAUUCAUCUAUUUUAAGCACGGAAAAGAGAUACAUCGACUUGUGGGAGCUAACGUUAGACGACUUAAACAAGAUAUCGACAUAUUCAGAUAG